GAGUUUGAGUUUGAGGCGCGUCGCGUUGCUACCAGCCAAGGUCUCGGCGCAUGGCCCUGCCAUUACUCUCGAUCCGUACGUCAUCGCGUUAGGUUAUCCGUGAUGUUACGUUAUAAACAGUGUUAUAAAUGUUAAAUAUUACGAAAUAUUAUUCUUCACACAAACUUUUCUACAAAAUUGUUUGAUUUAGUGAAAUUUGAUCAUUCAAACUGUGGAAGCUCUACCUUAAAUAUAAUCAAUAAAUGAAGCAAUUGUGGGUUAAAAUUAACCGAGGAAUUAAGUGUUUCAUCGCCUUCUAAACAAAAGGUGUUAACAGAACAAAGAGACGUUUUCUAACAUAAAAUUAUUAUUUAAUUUGUAUGUGAUAAAUAAUAUUUUUAUCGUUGCCGCCUAAAAUAUUGCCAUAAUGGCACGUGGGUUAUGUUUUCGCGCAAUUUUUAAUUCUAACUCAUAUUGUAGAAAACCAAUAGCAAUAUUAGCAAAUAUUCAAAGUCAUAAUUUACAUACUAAGCCAGAGAUUCCCACAAAAGAAAUCCAAAUACCCAUACAUUAUGGUCACAUAGCGGCCAAGUUGUGGGGCAGUGACCAAGACCGGCCGAUCCUGGCGCUACACGGCUGGCAGGACAACGCCGGCACUUGGGACACGCUCGCUCCCAUGCUAUGCAAAAACCGCUCCAUUUUAGCUAUCGACUUCCCUGGACAUGGAUUAUCAUCUCGCAUUCCCGCAGGUAUGCAUUACUAUACUUGGGAGCUUCCACGGCUGAUCUUGUACCUGAAAAACUACUUCAAGUGGGACAAAGUGUCACUGCUCAGUCAUUCCAUGGGAUCAAUAGGAAGUCUACGAUUUGCUAGCGUAUUUCCGGACGAGGUCGACUGUUACGUAGCAGUAGACAGUAUUAUCUACGACGAUUUUGAUCUGAAUCUUAUUGUGGAAAGGUAUCCGACUAUAUUAAGAAAAAUUGAAAUAGCGCAGACACGUUUAGAUGAAGAACCGCCCUCGUAUCCGAUGGAAGAACUCGAAAAAAUAUGGCAUUUAGGUACAAAAAAAUCAGUUGCCCUAGAAAGCGUUAAAUACCUCAUAAAACGUGGAGCAAAGCCAUCAGCAAAAGACCCCACAAAAUAUUAUUUUUCGAGGGAUUCUAGACUAAAACAUGCCUUGUUUCAACCAGAGAACAAAAAAUUCGUGGAAGCUCUCGUGAGAAGACUUAAAUGUCCAACAUUAUACAUAAAAGCCAUAGACUCGCCGUACGCGUCGGACGAGUUUUCAAUAGAGAUGCGUGAAGUGAUUGCGAGCAACAACGAAAACUACGAAAUACAUUUCGUGCCGGGAACUCACCACGUGCAUUUAAACAACCCUGAAAGGCUAGCACCGCUAAUAGAGCAGUUUAUGAAGAAACACAAUCUACGUAUCUAAAUCUAAUACCAAAAUAGGUAUAAUGAUACAUUUAU